AUGUGGGACGACGAAGACAACAACCCUUACGGCUCGUUCCAUCGCCGCGACUCCGAGACUUCAGACGUACCUGAGCAAUACCGAGCAUCAACACCUCCCUCCGGUCACUCUUCACCCGAUCAGCCAGCUUUCAUAUCCCGACCGAGCGAUCUUAGUGACGAGGAGUUCGAUGACGACCGACACCAUGCACCAAAGGUCCAGCCCAAGGAAGGCGGUUAUGACAGUCGCAUAGAGCAGAUACUUUACGAACACCCGGACCUGGAGAUACAGAUCAUACAUGCAGGUAAGAACUCCGAGGGCGGCGGCAAUUUCAUCACGUACACCAUUCGCACGGGCGAAAUCGAGGUCAGGCGACGGUACAGCGAGUUUGCUUCCUUGCGGCAGACGUUGGUGAACUUGCAUCCUACUUUAGUCAUCCCACCCAUACCUGAGAAGCACAGUAUAGCAGACUAUGCAGCGAAGCCGACGAAGGCGAAGGAGGAUGCAGGUGUCAUUGAGUUGCGGAAGCGAAUGCUGGCAACCUUCCUCAACAGGUGCAAGAGGAUGAAGGAGGUGCGAGAGGACGGCGUGUGGUGGCGCUUCUUGGAUCCUAAUGUGAGCUGGAGUGAGGUGCUGCACUCGCACCCGGCGGCCAGUAUACCGAAGAACAAUCUCAAAGCACCACCACUCGACCCAGCCAAUCCGACACCGGCGCACGCUUGGCUACCAGUACCCUCCCAAAGCGCGAAGCUACGAUCGACGUCUACAUCUUCUGGCACGCCUUCAGGACCGCCUCCGCAGUCAACCCUCCCUUCAGCAGCAGCACAUUCGCAACCCGAGAUCCAGUAUGCUCGCUUUCCAUCUUCGAGUCAAGGUCUUAGUGAGGACCAUCUUGACCCGUUCUUCUCUUCAUAUGAAAACUCAUCGAAAGAGUUGGAGACAUUACUUACCGGCAGCAUGGAGAAAGUGAAUCAGAGACUGUUACGCCACUUGUACAGUCUUGGUGACGAUCUGAUGGACCUCGGGGCGCGCUACAAUGCCUUCUCGCUUAGUGAGCAGAAUGCCUCCGUUGCACAUGCGAUCGAAAAGACUGGUCAAGCAUGCGACUUCACCUAUAUCCAGAGUAGAGAUCUGAGUAGCGGGCUGAGCGCAGGCUUUGCCGAGCCGAUGCGAGAGAGUGCGCAGUUUGCAGGUGUCGUACGUAGCGUUCUGCGGUAUCGUGUGCUCAAGCGCGUACAAGAAGAGAUGACGCGCGACGAGCUGGAGAAGAAACGAUCGAGUCUCGACGCGCUUGAGCGAAGCGAGGCCGAGGCGAAGAGGAUCGAACAGUACAUGACCAGUUCAGGCAUGUACACACAGCAAGGUCCUCCGCCCAGACGCAGCGCAAGCACCGGCAGCAACCGUGACCGGCAGCCACCAUCGGAGGAGGCGACGGACAACACAUCCGUAGACAGCGACUUCCCACCAGGCAUGCACGGCGGUCAGGUACCAAGCGCGCAGCAAGGUGGACCGCAACAUGAUCAGUCAUAUGCCAGCCCGCCCAACUCGCCACCCAAUGGCGCCAACAAACGGGCGAGCGGUAUUGGGAACAAGCUUUUCGGCCGAAUCUCAGGCUUCACGCAUGCGAUCCAGGGUGUGACCGAUCAGGACCCGGAGCGGGCGAGACGAGAUGCAUUGGGCAAGACGAAAGAAUCUCUCACGCAGCUGGAGCAGGCAUUGGAAGUGGCGCAGAAGGACGUCAAGGAUGCCUCUAGCGGCGUGCUCGAAGACCUAAAGAGGUUCCAGUCGCAGAAGGAAGAUGAUCUGCGCAUGUACAUGCUAAACUUCGCCAAAUGCCAUGUCGAGUGGUCCAAGCGGAGCCUUGACGAGUGGCAAAAGGCCAAGGUUGAGAUCAACAAGCUCAGCAUCGAAGGCUAA